AUGGCGAAAAAAACCGCGUCGGACACUGCAGCCAGUAGUAACACUGCUGCUGCUGCUGCUGCUGCUGCUGGUGGUGGUGGUGGUGGUGGUGCGACUGGCGCAAAGGACGAGGCAAAGAAGCCAAUUGCUGCGAAAUCGAACACUGCCACUGCUGCUAGCAAGGGUUCGGCAGGAUCAUCAUCAUCCGUAUCAUCAUCAUCACCAGCGUCGCCGCAGAGCACAAUCUGGAUGCUGGUGGCUGCGCUGCUGGUGCUGGCGAUCGCGGUCGGUGUCGCAUUCAUUGGAGCGCCUUCUGCGUCACUGCAGCGACUGCACGACAACGACGACAACGCCGCCGCCGCAGCAGCAGCAGCAUCCGUGGCAUUGCAUGGUGUCUCGAUCAACAAGGCUGAUACAAAGGCAACUGCGCCUCCCGCGGCCGAGCUCAUGCCGUCCACCGAUCGGAUGCAAGUUGCGCCAAGCUCGGAUUCCAUAUCCGAUCAUGCAGAUCCUGCUGCUGCGACUCGAAGCGCCGAUGCUACUACCAAGACAGAGCAGGAGCACUCAGACCAUGCCAGGGGUGAUGCACCCGCGACGACGGCUGCACGCGCAACGCCGCACCACAAGACCGAAGCACCGACCGAUUUAAUGCCACCAUCGCCCACUCCUGCGGAAGCCCAAUCCACUUCCAGCGCUUCGACCUCCGAGACUGAGGAGCCGAGCACAUCUGACUCGAACACUCCUCUUGCUGCGGCAACAGCCGACAUCUCGGCGAACGCCCACGCCGGUGAAGCAGGCCGCUGGGGCUACGAGAUCAAAUCGCAACUCCGAGCCAUCAACUGGACUCCGACUCGCCCACUGGACCAGCUUGCCCAACACUCGCGUCCCGUGGUGCUUCGAAAUGGCGCGCCUUCGUUGUGGCCCGCAAUGAAAACGUGGACGCCAAAGUAUCUGAGCAAGUUCAUUUCGCGCGAGCUUUCUGUUCACCUUCAGCCCAUUGAUGACCCCGUAUUCAUCUAUCGAAACGAGAAGGCGCUCAUGUCCGCACUGCCGGAGGGCGCUGCAAAGUCCAACGAACGCGUGGCCAACAUGACUUUGGCGCAGUUGUGGGACACGUGCCGCUCGGGCAGCGAACGCGCCUACUUUUCCGGUCCGCUCGAUCUGCUCCCCUCCUUGAAAGUCGAUGUCGGAGACUCUGGCUCGUUCACGCGUGAACGCCCGUCCAUCACCGAAGGCAAUGUUUGGAUGGGAUGCAAGGGUGCAGUCACCCAGACACACUACGAUGCCGCAUACAACCUGUUCACCCAAAUCCACGGCCGCAAGCGCUUUUUGCUGACCGCCCCGGACGAAGUGGAGCGUUUCUUCCUCUAUCCGCGUCUGCAUCCCUCGCAUCGGCAAUCGCAGGUCAACUGGAUGCAUCCCGAGCCUGCAAAGUUUGCCCAUUUCAUGGUGAAUCGCCGUGGCUAUGAAGAACCGAGCCAGCCCGGAGACGAGCCCGUUUAUCACGAGUUUGGACUGUUUGGCCCGCCUGCUUAUGAUGUUACCUUGGAGCCUGGAGAUACCCUGUUCUUGCCACCGUUCUGGUUCCACCGCGUUAUUGCCGUGGAUGACUCCAUCUCAGUGAGCAUGUGGGGCGACGCCAUGGAGCUUGACACUCUGGAUGAGAUGCUGGACGUCGCUUUGCCGUUUGAAGACUCUUGGAGUACCGCGGAGAAAGUCCGGGUCCUCAAGUCCUUUGUCGUGCGAGUCACCCUCGGCGCAGAGUAUGCGCUCGGAUUGCCGGAGAAUUCAAUCUUGGCAACGGUCGCAUUUACACGCUACCUGCCACUAUUUGGUGCCAGCGACUGUAUGGCCUUGAGCGAGUACUGCCUGACGAGCGAGGCCUCCGACACAAACAUUCCAGAACAAACCCGAGAAAAGAUUGCAAGCACGGUCGAGCAGGUUCUGAAUGCUGCCACCGGGCUCUUGACACCCGACAAAGGUCUCUCGAUCGCAUUUAUUCUCAUGCAAAACUAUAUCGAGACGGUCAUUGGUGCCGUGUUGCCCGUGAAUGAGAUCAAUUCGUUCGUUCAGUGCUGCCUGCCCCGGCCGGCUCUCGAGCCUCCCUCUUGA